UUAUUCAAAUUAUUAACUUCAUUCGUGUUUACUAACACAUAAAAAAUAAAAAUACGAUCUCACUUUCAAAUUCAUAAUUAGAUAAUCUCAUAAUCAUAAAUUUGAUAAGUUAUGAGAUUAGUUGACGCAAUUCUCAAUUUUUAUCGGGAUCUCUUAUGCUUAAAUUCUCCAAUACAUUUACUUGCACCAUCCUCAUAACUAAAUAGGAAAUAAUUUCGCUUGCACAUUUUAGAGCAUGUUUACUUAACACAAAUGAAAAAAAAAAAAAAAAAGAAUCAAAAAUUAAAAAUAGGAGAAAGAAAUGGAAUCAUAAGAACUAGUACGGAUUUUAAGUAAAUAUUUGUACUUUUUUGGUUCAUCAUGUGUAAAUAGACCGAGACAAGAGGAAUGUCGAAACUACGGAAAAAAAUUGACACCUCUCCCUCUCAAGAUUCAUGUCGUGUGCAAAUUGCUCGAACUUUCCCGAAAUAUAAACCCAAUUAUUAUUUUUUUAUUUUUUAUUUUUUUUGGUAACGGACAGUAACUUCCUGGCCCCACUCACACUUUGUUUUCACGGGAUUUUAAAAAGCCCCCAAAUCCCUCCGAGGUGCCACGAGGUCCUCUGCAACUCCCACCUUCUCUGCCUAUAGGCAACGCCAAACCCCAUAAACCCAGCUUUUGUCACUAUUCACACCACCGCAAACCCAGCAAAUCUGGUAUACCAAAUUACGUUUUGUACACUGACCUCCGGAAAUGGCCGAAAAGACGUCGGAGCGGGUGACCUACCUGCACGGCGACCUCGACCUCACAAUCGUCGAAGCCUGCCACCUCCCCAACAUGGACAUAGUCUCCGAGCGCUUCCGCCGCUGCUUCACCGCCUGCGACACCAUCAACAUAUCCUGCCACCGCUCCGCCGAAGACGACGGCCGAGACCGCAAGCCCCACGGACCCCACCGCAAGAUCAUAACCAGCGACCCCUACGUCACCGUUGUGGUCCCCCAGACCACCGUCGCCCGGACACGUGUCAUUAAGAACUCCCAGAAUCCGCAGUGGAAGGAGCAUUUCUUUAUCCCGCUGGCUCACCCCGUGACUAACCUCGAGUUUCAGGUCAAAGAUAACGACGUCUUCGGCGCCGAGAUAAUCGGAACCGCCAAGAUCCCAGCCGAGAAAAUCGCCACCGGAGAGCCCAUCUCCGGGUGGUUCCCGAUUAUCGGACCUUCCGGGAAGCCCCCGAAACCCGACUCGGCGAUCCGGGUCGAAUUGCAGUUCACGCCGUUCGAGAAAAACCCAUUGUACAAACAAGGCAUAGCGGGGGAUCCGGAACACAAGGGCGUGCCGCACACGUAUUUCCCGCUCCGGAAGGGAAGCUCCGUGCGAUUGUACCAAGACGCGCACUGCCCGGAGGGGCUGCUGCCGGAGAUUCAGUUGGACGGCGGGAAGGUGUAUAAGCAGGAGAAUACGUGGGAGGACAUUUGCUAUGCGAUUUCGGAGGCGCACCACUUGAUUUACAUUGUGGGUUGGUCGGUGUUUCACAAGGUGCGGCUGAUUCGGGAGCCGAGCCGGCCGCUGCCGCGCGGGGGAAAUUUGACGCUCGGCGAUUUGCUGAAGUACAAGUCGGAGGAGGGCGUGAGGGUGUUGCUGUUGGUGUGGGACGAUAAGACCUCGCACGACAAGUUCUGCUUCAAAACGGCAGGAAUGAUGGCGACGCAUGAUGAAGAAACAAAGAAGUUUUUCAAGCAUUCAUCUGUAAAUUGUGUUCUGGCAACUCGCUACGCGAGCAGUAAGCUUAGCAUUAUAAAACAACAGGUUGUUGGAACCCUCUUCACCCACCAUCAAAAAUGUGUUCUUGUGGACACACAGGCAUAUGGUAAUAAUCGGAAGAUAACUGCGUUUUUAGGAGGUCUUGAUCUUUGUGAUGGUCGUUAUGACACACCCGAGCACAGACUGUUUCGUGAUCUUAACACUGUAUUUGAGGGUGAUUUUCAUCAACCUACUUUUCCUGCUGGAACCAAGGCUCCAAGACAACCAUGGCAUGACUUGCACUGUAGAAUAGAUGGGCCUGCUGCAUAUGAUGUUCUUAUAAACUUUGAGCAACGUUGGAGGAAAGCAACACAGUGGAAGGAGUUUGGACUAUUACGUAAGAAGGUUUCACAUUGGCAUGAUGAUGCUUUGAUAAAAAUUGACCGCAUCUCCUGGAUACUAAGUCCUCCCCUAUCUGUUUCAAAGGAUAGUACAACUAUUCCAGAAGACGACCCUUCCUUGUGGGUUAACCGUGAAGAAGAUCCUGAGGAUUGGCAUGUUCAGAUUUUCCGGUCCAUUGACUCAGGAUCACUGAAGGGAUUUCCCAAAGCUGGCCGUGCUGCUGAGGCCCAGAAUCUUAUCUGCUCAAAGAACCUGGUAAUAGAUAAAAGCAUUCAAACAGCAUACAUCCAUGCAAUCAGAUCGGCCCAACGUUUUAUAUAUAUCGAAAAUCAGUAUUUUCUUGGUUCAUCAUAUGCGUGGCCAGAUUAUGAAAAUGCAGGAGCUGAUAAUCUUAUCCCAAUGGAGUUGGCAUUAAAGAUUGUUAGCAAAAUUAAAGCUAAUGAGAGAUUUACAGUCUAUGUCGUUUUACCUAUGUGGCCUGAAGGUGAUCCAAAAACUGCUGCAAUGCAAGAAAUUCUCUUCUGGCAGAGCCAGACAAUGCAAGCGAUGUAUAGUGUCGUUGCACAGGCACUGAAAUCGGCGCAGCUUCAGGACUCACAUCCUCAAGAUUACCUAAGUUUCUAUUGCCUGGGUAAACGGGAAAUACCUCCUGAGGAUAUGGCAAAUGACAAUGCAUCUUCGGUUUCCGAUUCAUUUAAAUAUAAGCGGUUCAUGAUUUAUGUUCAUGCCAAGGGUAUGGUAGUAGAUGACGAGUAUGUACUACUGGGAUCUGCCAAUAUCAACCAAAGAUCAAUGGCUGGUACAAAAGACACUGAGAUAGCUAUGGGUGCGUAUCAACCCCAUCACACUUGGGCUGCGAGGAAGAAACAUCCGUUUGGUCAGAUAUAUGGAUAUCGAAGGUCGCUUUGGGCAGAGCACCUUGGUAUUUUGGAUCCAUGCUUCCAAGAGCCUGAGAGUUUGGAAUGUAUGAGGAAAGUAAAUGCGAUUGCGGACGAAAACUGGAAGAGGUUCACAACACCAGAAUUUACACUACUGCAGGGUCAUCUUCUGAAGUAUCCUAUCCAGGUAGAUGUUGAUGGGAAGGUCGGCCCCCUGCCGGGACAUGAAAACUUCCCUGAUGUUGGUGGUAAAGUACUUGGAGCUCAUUCCGCCGCAGUUCCUGAUAUGCUCACAACAUAAUCUCUCGACAUUCUUAUGUUCAAACGUGAUUUGUGCAAUCAAUUUGAGGCGAGACAUUGCUUAGUGUUCAAGUUACCAGAUCAAAAUAGUGGGCGUUGUUUGUUGUUGAUUCAAUUUUGUAAAUUUGUGAGGUGAAAUGAUGUCACUUUGUGAAUUUGUAUCAAAUGAAGCAGCAGUCCUUUUUUUUUUUUUCAAUUUGUUGUAUGUAUUAAGGAAUUUCGACAAUGUGAAUAGUGAAGUAGCAGUAAUCUUUUUCUUUUUCUGUAAAACUAUUAAUCUACCCACCUCUUAAGAAAUUUUUUUAUUUUUAUAUAAGCGAUAUUUUAGACUAAUUCAUGUAACUACGAGAGCAAACUGACUCAUCUAAACCAUUAUGUUUGUCUUUAAUUCUUGGAUAAAUACAAUUUACACCCUUAAAUUUGGGUGCAAUUGCAAAUCAUACCUCUUUUUUUUUUUU